AUUGAAAUGUUUGCCAACAAUUAGCGAACCUUAUAAUAGUUCUGAGGAAGGCUCUGAGAUAAUGGAAAAUUGUUCUGGUGAUUAUUUGCUAGAAAAGGUUGAGAAUUAUAAAUCACUUUCUAUAAACACUAAUUUAAAGUGUGUGUUUUAA